CCCGUCUAGGGCCGCCCUCUGGUGACGCGCAGGCCACGCUACGGUACGCCAUUUGUGACUAGCAGCAAAAACGCGGACACUGGAAUUGUUGGCGUAUUAAGCGGUAUUGUCAAAUCAUCGAGGAAAACAAACUGUGCUCGCUCUAUAUUCCGGCAAGCCAUGACAUGGAUGUCUUAUUGACGUCGGACAAAGCGGUUUCUAAGGAACAGCAUGAUCAAGAUGAGUCCGGAGGGAAGUGUCAUACAGCCAACGAUGGGGGGAUAAAGUUAAGCGAAAAACCCUUGGCCACCGUAGUUGCGGGGACUGAUGAAGUGGAGGAGGAGGAGGAGGUGGAUGAGGAAAAGUCGGCAGACAAGGUGAAGCCAGACCAACCUUCCUCACAAGGUAAUGACCUCUGUUCAAUCUGUGGCUUCCUAGCCAAAUGCCCAAGAGCCUUAAAGAUCCACUCAACAAGGAAACAUGGGAAGAGAGCCAGAAGGCGAACCAAGUCGGACCAAGAUGGCGAGGCUGCUUCACAAACGGCUACAGCUACAGUUCCCAAGGAGUCUGCUCAGGAGGAAGAAAACUCUAAAGAGUCCGACCAAACCCAGGAAUCAGACCCAAACUCAGCUGAUGAAUUAAAGUCUGUAGCCAAAGACCAUGGGAUAUAUGCAAGGGGCUCUGUUAAGACAGAGAAGGUAGUGGCCAUACAGCCAGCCACUGAGGACCCCGAGAGCCUCACGAAGGAGCGCAGACUGAGCAAGAGGACCCCAAAACCCAAAGUCAUUCACUCUUGCAACUAUUGUGGGCAAGAGUUCUGGGAUAAAUCUCUCCUUGAGGUGCAUGUUAAGAGAACACAUGCCAAAGACACGCCGUACACAUUCGAUGCGGAGGAGAACGUGGAAGAGGAGGGGGAGGAGGAGGAAGAGGAAGAUGAAGAGGAGGAAGAGGACGAGGUGGCAGCAACAGCAGCAACGGAGCCUGUGGCCGGCGACCUGGCAGACGUGCCGGCGAGUUCUGCGCCCAAGCGCAUGCUUAGCAGGUUCCAGUUGAAGUGCGGCAGCUGCGAGUUCAGGGUCAGCACCCCUGCCUUGCUGGAGAGCCACUCCCGAGUCAAGCACCCCAGUACGGAAUGGUUCCGCUGCAAACUGUGCCACUAUUUCACGGCCUCUGCCGAGUGGAUGACUGCCCACCUCUCCUCCGAGGGCCACAAGCAGCACCAGGAAGGGGAUGCCGGCAAGGCCAGCGCCACCUUUGAAGACUGUGUCGAGAAGGUGACCCGAGACAGCACUGGGGACGGUGCCCUGGUUAAUGAGGGGCCUAAGGGGAGCGAUGGAGGGCGGCUCCCGCUGUCCGAAGGCCACCGGCAGGCUGAGGAGGCAGUGGAGGCUGCUAGAGUGGAGCUGGCCGAGGGGGAGAAACUGGAUGAGCCGCAACCAGCGAAGAAGAAAAGGGGCAGGCCCAAGCAGACGUCCACCACCACAUGCGGGUACUGCGGUCUAGUCGUGUCCAAUGCUACCAACCUGAAUGUACAUGUACGCCGCAAACAUAGCAAGGAGUAUGGCUACAAUUGCACGCUCUGCAACUACAGCUGCGUAACGAAAGGAGACAUGGACCGCCACUGUAUUACCAAAAAACAUGUUCGUCGUGUGCUGGAGUCUGCAGGGAAGAAACAGGAGCAGGAUCCCAUAGAGGUCUCCUAUCAGAUAGCCCGAGAGAGUUCUCAGGAUUCAGAUGGAGAGCCUGCACCAGACAGUGCUUGCUCUGACGAAAACGAAAAAGAAGACCAUGAACACUCGGACACCAGCGAGAAGAAGAGUAAAUAUGACUCUGUUAACGCCUGCAGCCAUUGUGAUUUUGUUGCCCAUUCGAUCCCUUCCCUCCAUAGCCAUGUAAAGAGGAAGCACACCAAGGACUUUGAGUUUGUCUGUCUAGCAUGCAGCUAUUAUGCGGUAACAAGCAGGGAGAUGUCUCGCCACUCCACCACGGACAAACAUAAGCAGAAGAGCCAGAAAUACCAGGAGACUCAGAAGAGUCCUGAUCAAAUCACACUUCAGCUUCCACAGGAAGAGGAAAUGGUGCAAGAUGGCGAAGCAGAUGCAGACACCUCUGUUGAUCCUGUUUGUCCAGGAACGGCCGCAGAAAAGCCUGAUGAAAAUUCUAUGGAGGUGGAAGGUGAGCCCCAAAUGGCAGUGGAUGAGCCCCAAACCCAAACCCAACUGAACCAGAAUGAACCGUCUGGUGACGAAUCUUUGCCAGGCGACCAGACAAUAACUUCUGUCUCCAAGGAGACUCCUGCAGAGCUGCCACAUAUCACUCAUCCACCCAAAGAGGGGAACCCCCCGGAGGAAGGAGAGGACAUGGAGACCGCCCUCAUCGACUGCGGCGAGGAGAUGGCAGACGCUGAAGUAGACGAGCCCGUCCCAGACACGCAGAUGUCCAAGGCGCCACCGUUCGACGCCUGCAUCUUCUCCAUCAAGGCACUAAUGGAGCGAGAGAAGGCCCAGGAAGAGGGCACGGCUCCGGAGGGAGAGGCCGCCACGGGCGUCGGUCCGACCCGGGUGUCUUUGGCGCUCCCGACCCUGCCCACCGUCCGGACCAGCCCGCACGUCAAGAAGAUCCGGCCGCGGCUCCGGGUGAAAUGCGAAGGCCGGGGCGCGCGCAUCCGCUGCGACGACUGCGGCUUCAUGGCGGACGGCCUCAGCGGCCUCAACGUGCACAUCUCCAUGAAGCACCCCACCAAGGAGAAGCACUUCCACUGCAUGGUGUGCGGCAAGUCCUUCUACACGGAGAGCAACCUGCACCAGCACCUGACCAGCGCCGCCCACCUGCGCAAUGAGCAGAACAGCGUGGAGGAGCUGCCCGAGGGCGGGGCCUCCUUCAAGUGUGUCAAGUGCACGGAGCGCUUCGAGACGGAGCAGGACCUGUUCGUGCACAUCAAGGAGAAGCACGAGGAGCUCCUGCGCGAGGUCAACAAGUACGUGCUGGAGGACACGGAGCAGAUCAACCGCGAGCGCGAGGAGAACCAGGGCAGCGUGUGCAAGUUCUGUGGCAAGGUGUGCAAGAGCAGCAACUCCAUGGCCUUCCUAGCCCACGUGCGCACGCAUACCGGCUCCAAACCCUUCAAAUGUAAGAUCUGCAACUUUGCCACCGCCCAGCUGGGGGACGCCAGGAACCACGUGAAGAGGCACCUGGGCAUGAGGGAGUACAAGUGUGACAUGUGCGGGUGAGUCCUAGAGAGCGGGAGACGGGGCCCGCGGCGCUGGGCCGCGCAGUGGUAAUUGAUGCUGGGGAAGUGGAGUUAUCUAUCCGUUUGCAGACAAAGGUCCUUGUGUUAAGUCUCAUUCUUCAGAAGAGGUAAACCUCUUAGCCCAGAAGUCAAGAGUGUCUCCCUAAAGUUACCGUAGGCCUUAAUUGACCGGUUUAAAGGUAGCGCUGGUGUGAUUUGUGUGUCUUUGUUCAUGUUUCGGAAUCCCUUUUGCUUUCACUACUUCAAGGCCUGCUUAUCCUUGAUUCACUCCAGCGAGGGGGUUUUCUGGGAGUUCAGGGGUUUUUUUCUUCUGUGGUCAAGUUGGAAGUUCAUCAACGGUUAGAUAAACUGAAAAGGUAAUAUUUCAUCAUGCCUCAUGCCCAGAGUAGUCCAUUCCAUAGUAUAACUUUAUUUAUGUUAGAUUGGGGCCUGUUCAAUAGUCUGAUUCGCCUAUAGUGGACUAGCUCUAGUUCAACUACACGUAGACCAUAUUUAAUCUUGCGUCAAUACAAUAGCAAACCUCUCCACUAUCCUGCCAUGUUCAAAUGGUUGCAUUCAACUGAAGACUCUGGGGUAAAUUAUAAUGUCCAGCUUUGUGCAAACCUGUUGAAUUUUCAACAAUCCAUUAAUUCACUUGUGUAUUUGUGUGUGUGUGUGGGGGUAUGUGCUACACUGGUUUUGUAAAAACUGGGGGGGCGGCUUUUGUCGGUGUUGUGUUCUACAAGUCCUCCAUCUUGAGGCGUUUCCUCCCAAAGUGCUGUCAAUAAUAAGUUUGGGUGUUGACCAAGGUCCUAGCUUUGCAAGCAUGUGCAAUAUACCUUUAAAUGGGGCUACUAAAUACAGUCCCCGGUUUCACAAAUCACGGGGAAAUGGAGGAGCCGCGUGCUGCCAGUGCCAGCCGACGGUGACAAAUCAUCCCUGUGUGCACUUUCAGUCCUGACUGAUCACCUGGUCGACUCCGCCUGUGACUAAAGAGCAGCAAACAAAGAACUCCAGAAGGCACCCUCAUUAAGGCCAGCGUGCCACACACACACACACACACACACACACACACACACACACACACACACACACACACACACACACACACACACACACACACACACACACACACACACACACACACACACACACACACACACACA